CACCCUUCACAUACUUGAGAAGGGCGAUCAGCAUGCAGGCAAUUAUAUUAAUGAAGGAGGCUGAAGAAGAAUUGGCGGCUCGCUUGGAAAAAAAUGAGAACUCCCGAUGUGCAUGUCAUUUCUCUGUGACACAUGGCUUGAGGUGUGGAUGUCAAGUUAUGGAUGGCAGAGCGCGAGACAUAGAGAUAUACCCAGGUGAUAUUCAUAUAUAUUGGCGUACACUGACAUACGAGCAUCCACCCAAUGCUCAGGAGUACGUGCCCCAGGAGGAGGAGGCUAAAUGUCACCUUCACGAGUUGGUUGAUGAGGUUGUACGGAGAGGACCAGAGGCAACGAAAAAAGCAGCAAAGGACGUGUUUCGCGGUCUCCACCCGGCGGAAGACAACAUUCACGAGCCAGAAGUGAACGAAUCACGAAAGGGACGCCCAGCCAAAAAAUCAACUGGAAGAACUAAAGGGUGGUGGGAAAAGAUAUUGCGAGGCAAGAAGAAAGACAUGAAAAAGAAGUCGGGAAGCACAACGUCGAGGUCUACAAAGUCGACCAAUACCAAGUCCACGGGGACUCGGACAGACGAGUACCCGUCAGACGACCAUGCAGCUGAGGAGUGUGAUGAUCGCGAAGAAAACAACAAAUACAACAAUCCUGACACAGAUAUCCCUGGAUCCAGCACCCAGUCUGAUUACGCACACAUGGAACUGCUUCCUGUCUUCAUUCGGGACCUUAUCAUUGCCAUCCACGACCCGGUGCCAGACGGUCAUUGUGGGUUUCGUGCACUUAGUUUUGCAUUAUAUGGUAAUCAAGAUGGUUCCCAGAGACGCACUGACAUUGCUACUACAACACCAACGACUCAACGUCAUUGGAUGAUGGGUGUGGAUCUAUUCGUAUUUGCCACACUAUUUAAUUUGGCUGUUGUCAUGUACAGCUCUUACCUCUUGCCAGUACCAAGUGCGUACAACUGUACCAUUCUGCCAGUGGACAACAUAUCUGGGGCAACCAAUCCUAGAGGAGUCAUUGUUCUGCAUUUCGUCCAGGAUCAUUGGAUCAACCUCUCUUUCCCGGCGGACAAGAUACCGAUGCCCCCUCUACAUGGCAUGUGGCCAGGCGGUCAGCAAGAAAGCGUGGAUGGAUGGGAUGCAUAUUUCGCGCCGUUUAGUCAAAUGUGGUUUGAUCUUGGGGGUGGGACUCAUAGCUUUCCAUCGCGCAAAAAGAGGGUUCCAAAGAAAUAAAUUUGUACUUGUCUUCAAUUUAAAUAAAUUGUAAUGAACGUCUUCACUUUAAAUAAAUUGUAAUGAAGUUUGUUUACGUCACAUGGAAACAUGAUAUAAUAAAAACAUACAACAUAAACCACAUAAGUCAUAAUCAGAUACAAAAAAUAACAUAAGUCAUAAGUCAUAGUCUCAAAACAACAAAUAAGCAACUGAACACCACAUAACAUAAGUCGUAGUAGAACAACAGAAUAACAUAAGUCAACUCGUCUAAAAACAACAAAUAACACUCAUACAUAUGACAUAAAAAUCAUACAACUACUGUGGAGGUGUUAGAAAACCCGACUUCCUCCUAAACUCGGGCCACAUGUCCCCAACUCCAUGACAUAAGUCGUAAUACUCGUUGGCGCUAGCCAUCCACUCCUCCCUACUACCCUGUUCAGCAUCCAUCCCGGGAGAUAUCUCAAUCCACAUCUUGCGUGACAACUGUAAACAAAAACCAUACUAUUUA